AUGGCUGGACCACUCGUGCUCAUCACGGGCAUCACGGGCUUCCUGGCGGCGCACGUGUUGGAUGCGGUCCUUGCAUCGCCUGCCAACUACCGCGUGCGCGGCACUUUGCGCUCGCUGAGCAAGAAAGACGCGCUUCUCGCGCGACUCUCUGAGGCGGACCGCUCGCGCAUCGAGCUGGUCGAGGUGGCGGACACGGCGACAUCGGACCUUCUGCCGGCAGUGCGCGGCGUGGAGAUCAUCCACCACGUUGCUUCGCCGUACCAGCUCAACGUGCAGGACGCCGAGCGCGAUCUGCUCAUCCCUGCCGUCGAGGGCACGCUGAACCUGCUGCGCUUUGCCAAGCACGAGAAGUCCGUCAAGAAGAUCGUCAUCACCUCGUCGUUCGCGGCGGUGACGAGCCUCAAGGAGGGCGGACCCAACCGUCCGGGCUACACGUACACCGCCGAGCACUGGAACCCCGCAUCGUACGAGGACGCACUGGCGGCCGGUGGAGCCGGCGCCUUCUCGUACUCGGUGAGCAAGAAGCUCGCCGAACAGGCGGCGUGGGACUACGUGUCCAACGAAAAGCCGCAUUUCGAGAUCGCGGCGAUCAAUCCGCCCAUGAUCUACGGCCCCACGCUGCAGCCGGGCGUGACGCUGGCGAACCUCAACACGUCGAGCAAGACGAUCUAUGGGCUGGUGGCUGGGGCGGACCAGAUGCCCGAGGACAGGCUGCCGCUCUUCUGCCACGCACGCGAUGUGGGCGAUGCGCACGUGGCCGCCACGGAGAAGGAUGACGGGAUGGGUAAGAGGUGGUUGCUGUGCGGCGGCAAGUUCACGUGGGCGCAUGCGGUGGGCUUCAUCGCCGCCGAGUAUCCGCAGCUGCAGGAGCGUCUGCCCAAGGGAUGGAAGGAGGCGAGCGAGAGCCUGCGUGACUUGGACUCGAUCGCUAGCCUCGACACCAAGCCCGCCGAGCAGACGCUGGGCAUCCGCUUCAGGGACUGGCAGACCACGCUGAGGCAGUCGCUCGAUAGCCUGCUUGAACUCGAGCAACGUGCUGACUGGAAGUAG